CCUAGGAUUUCUUCCUGAGUUUCCCUGCUUUCUUCAGCUCCGAGCUUGCUACUGGGACCCAGUUCUUGCUUUCGAGCAACUAAUUAUCGCCGACAUGGCAGCGACAUCAGCUACGGACGCAAACGAUGACCCGAAUGUGGGCAGCGCACAGAAUGUGUCGUCCUCAGCCACCGGUCUCCUCUCUACCCUGGCACCAGUUGCUGUGCUUGCACUGGUUUGGUUCACACUCUUCUUGAUUUUUAGGAGAUGGUUCCCAAGAAAUUAUCGUCCAAGAACUUUCUUAGGCAGUAUUCAAGAGCGCGAAAGAUCACCAAAACUGCCCGAUGGCAUCUUUGCAUGGUUUAGUAACUUCUUCAACAUGCCCGAUAGCUAUGUCCUGAACCAUCAUUCUCUUGAUGGGUACCUGUUUUUGCGACUCUUGAAGAUGGCCGUCAUCACUUGUCUUGUCGGUUGUUGCAUUACGUUCCCUAUCUUGUUCCCAAUCAACAUCACUGGUGGAGGUGGAAAAUCGCAGCUGGACAUACUCACCCUAGGCAAUGUCACGAACAACUACUACAUGAUGUUCGCCCACGUUGGUUGUGCUUAUCUCUUUUUCGGCUUCGUCAUUUAUAUGAUCACACGUGAGAGCAUCUACUACAUCAACUUGCGCCAGGCUUAUCUUCUUUCGCCAUACUACGCUAGCCGCCUUUCCUCUCGUACAGUCCUCUUUACGUCUGUGCCAGAUGAGUAUUUGCACGAAACGAAUCUGCGUCGCAUGCUUGGAGAAUCUGUCGAGCGAGUCUGGAUUCCUACCGAUACUGGAGAUCUGGAGGAUGAAGUCAAGGAGAGAGACAAGACAGCGCUGAAGCUCGAAGCCGCUGAGACCAAGCUCAUCAAGGCUGCGAAUGCUGCGCGUCUGAAGGCGACUAAGAAGAAGGCAAAGAAGGAUAACGAGGAUAUUGCAUUGGAAGAGCUUACACCAGAUGUCGAGGGUGGCUCUGCGGCCUCUCGCUACAUCUCUGCAAAGGAUAGACCGACGCAUCGCCUGAAAUUCCUGAUUGGAAAGAAGGUCGAUACAAUCGAUUGGUGUCGCGCAGAGCUGGAGAAGCGAAUUCCCGAAGUUGCCGCAAUGCAGGAAAAACACCGGGCUUUGGAUGGCAUCAAGAAGAUCAACUCGGUUUUUGUCCAAUUCACCACUCUGCAAGAAGCUCAGUCAGCCUAUCAGAGCUUGACACACCAUCAAGUGCUGCAUAUGGCCCCUCGCUACACUGGAAUGACCCCAGGUGAAAUCAUCUGGAGCAACUUGCGCAUCAAAUGGUGGGAGCGGGUCCUCAGAGUAACAGCAACUGUCUCAUUCGUCGUUGCUUUGAUUGUUUUCUGGUCUUUCCCUGUUGCCGCAGUUGGUUUCAUUUCAAAUUUGGAUAACCUGAAAGACUACAGUACCGGCAACCCUCCCACCACAUUCAAAGAAGGCUUUACCUGGUUAAACUGGCUAUUGGCUCUGCCUCCCCAGAUCUUUGGUGUUGUGUCUGGUCUUUUGCCUACUGUCGCCCUGGCCAUCCUUAUGUCUGUUCUGCCUAUCAUUCUGCGUCUAAUGGCUAGAUUAGGAGGCGACCCCUCUCUAUCUGCUGUGGAACUUACUGUCCAGAACACUUACUUUGGCUUCCAGAUCGUGCAAGUCUUCCUGGUUGCAACCUUGGGUAGUGCUGCGUCCUCGGCUCUUGGAUCCAUCUUGCCGAAUCACAUUGAUCAGAUCCCUACUUUGUUGGCCUCGUCAAUUCCCAAGGCAUCCAACUUCUAUCUUUCUUACUUCGUACUCCAGGGCUUGGGUGUCGUCUCCGGAACACUGCUCAACCUCUCGGGCCUUGUCAUCUUCAUUAUUCUCGGAAAGUUCUUGGACAACACACCCCGCAAGAUGUACAAGCGAUGGACGUCUCUAUCUAGUAUGAGCUGGGGUACUGUUUUCCCUCCAUACACUAACCUGUUCGUCAUUGCUAUCUGUUAUGCAAUCAUUGCCCCACUGGUCAUGCUCUUCGCCGCUAUCGGUCUGUACCUCUUCUACCUCGCAUACCGCUACAACCUUCUUUACGUCUCGAACGCCAACAUCGAUACCAAGGGUCGUGUCUACCCUCGCGCCUUGCAGCAAGUGUUCGUAGGUCUCUAUGUCGCUGAAGGCUGUCUUGUCGGACUUUUCGCCAUAGCAACCGGAUCGUCUGUUGGUGCUCUCGGUCCUCUCAUUCUGAUGAUCGUCUUCCUGGUGUUCACAGCUCUCUACCAUUUGUCCUUGAACGCUGCUCUUGAGCCACUGAUCAACUACCUUCCCAAAAGUCUGGAAGCCGAGGAGCGUCGCUUGUUGGACGAGGACGUCGAAGAAGAAAGAGGUGAGAAGGGUAUGGUUGCCGACAGAAGGACAGAGCUUGGCCCUUCUCCUCAUGGCAAGCCUUCUUUCUGGAAGAAGUUCCUUCGUCCUGACAUCUACACCGACUAUGCUACCAUGCGUCGCCUGGUCCCCAAGAUGAUUAACAUCAGGUACGAAGAGGAAGAAGAAAACCAUGCCUACUACAAUCCCGCAGUCACUGCUGCACCUCAUCUGCUUUGGAUUCCGCGGGACCCCAUGGGCGUGAGCAGGCAGGAAGUCAGGGAUACUAGCAAAGUCAUUCCCAUUACGGACGAAGGCGCCACCCUCGACGAGAAGAACAAGGUUGUAUGGGACGCUGAAGAUGGCCGUCCGCCAAUCUGGGAACGCCCGGUCUACUACUAAAAGCCUGAAGACCGAACUCUCGAGAAUGCACGAAGAGCUGGUUCACGAUCAUGUUGAUUUCCACUAUACCCACCUUUCCUUUUUGUCUCUUGAGCAGCUGCGAGCCAUGCUCUCCGUUGGAU